CACCCUUACAUACAAACAUACCUGUUCAGGAUUUUACCGAUUGUCUUGCCUGAGCACUGUGACAAGCAGUGAUUGCGGUUUUGGAACAAAUAUAACAAGAGACAAACGAAAACCCAGUCUCGAACGGCCAACUCGUACAAAGUUCUCAACAUGCCUCCUCAGUCGGCACAGCGAAACUACUUCGUCACCCCCUGGCGCAGCCAUGCCGACCUCCUAAACGUCCGCCACGGCCUCUACAGCCCAUCAACACCCGCAGAACAAAGUCACGCUAUCGCCACAGUAGCAGCCUGGAAGCACAGAGGAAAUGUGCCUCACGCUGUGGAAAGCACCGCCCUGCUCAUGGACGCCAUGCUCCUACACUCCCAAUUCUCAUCCUCCAGCGCACAGCAAACAACAGUAUCCCAGGACUGGCCCACCGCAGGAACCGCUUCAUCUUUUGCACUGAGAGCCGCUUACACGACCGCAUUGUCUAGAUUUGUCACUGGAUUUGCGGAUCUGGGUAGGCAUAGAAACGGGCCUGGACAGAGUAUGUUUGAUGUUGCGAGGUCGAUAGGCUUGCCUCCCCAUUUCGUCGAGUUGCGUCAUGAAGUCGCGCAUGAGGAUUUGCCCGGUCUGGCGAGACUUGUGCGCAGUGCUCGUGAAGCUGUCAACUGGCUUUGGGGCGUGUAUUGGGCAAAACUGCCUCAGGAUGCUUGGGAGGCUGAAGCUGGUGAAGAGGCUGCUGCGCAGGUUGACCUGGAGUCUUUGGCUGCCGUCAGACAAGAAGCUACAGAGUAUCUCAAGAAGUUCAGAUCGCGCAGGGUGACGGCUUUGAAGAGCAAGGCCAAGGCCAAGGAUACGGCCACCUUGUUGCUUGAGACACAACAACAAUGUCAAAACCUCUGUUGUGGCGAGGACGAAGCGGCAAAAUGGACUCAGGUGGCUUCAAUCUUGAUCGACGAUGGAUUGAUUGUACCUUCUCUGAAACAGACAAGAGGACCUCUUGCUGAUUCGGCGCUGCAAGGCGCUUACUUGAUCUGGGACGAACUCCUAAUCAUGCUUGCAUCUGGAUCUUCACAAUUCACCGAGGCAUUCUUCGAACGAGCCAUUGCCCACAACGCAAAGCUGACAACAACAAACGAGGACCGAGACAGAGCUGACCCGACCAAAUGGGCCAUGUACCGCUGGAUCAUGCAUGUGCUAGACUCGGACGCUUGGCUAGAGAUGCGUGGUGAGAGUCCCAUACUCUACGAAACUCUUGCGCUGAGAGAGUGCGUACUGCAUCCGAACACCCAAUGGAGCCACGAAUUGGCCGAGGAGAUCCUCGAGGAUGCCGAGAUGGAUGUCCAAACUACUUGGAAAAGUUUGAUAAAGGCAAGCGCGCUGCCGGAUGGCCAUAGCAUUGAUGUUGAGGAAGAAGCAUCGAAGGAGACGAAGAAGACGAAGAAGACGGAUGAUGUGAAGAUGGAAGAUGUGCCUUCGGAGCAGGGAUGGCGACGAGAGACGGGAGCGUGGGAGUGUGUGCCGAUUGGGACCGUGUCAGGAUAAGAUAGACACACCCAGAGAGUACCUGUUAGCAGAGCUCCCAAGGAAGGGCCAAUCAUAAUGUAUAUGCUCCAGAAUGGAUUUGUUGACAUGUAAUACCCCAUCACUGAAGCCUUGGGGUAUAACCUCAGCGCCUUCAUGCGUAGGUGCUACAGACGAGAAGGUUGGUCCAAAAUCAACCACCUCCAGCCUUGAGUGCUUCUUCUCUUUCGACCACUUCGGGCUU